AUGCCCCAGAACGAGUAUAUCGAGAGACACCGCAAGCUCCACGGCAAGCGGCUGGACCACGAGGAGCGGACGCGCAAGAAGGCGGCGCGCGAGGGCCACAAGCAGAGCGAGAAUGCGCAGAACCUGCGCGGCCUGCGGGCCAAGCUGUACGCCAAGCAGCGGCACGCGCAGAAGAUCCAGAUGCGCAAGGCCAUCAAGCAGCACGAGGAGCGCAACGUCAAGGGCGCCCCCGCCGAGAAGGAGCCCACCGAGGCCAUCCCCGCCUACCUGCUCGACCGCGCCAACCCGACCACGGCCAAGGCCCUGAGCUCGCAGAUCAAGAACAAGCGCGCCGAGAAGGCGGCGCGUUUCUCUGUGCCUAUUCCCAAGGUCAGGGGUAUCAGCGAGGAGGAGUUGUUCAAAGUUGUCAAGACGGGUCAGAAGGUCCAAAAGAAGGGGUGGAAGCGUGUGGUCACAAAGCCUACGUUUGUCGGGCCCGACUUUACCAGACGGCCGGUCAAAUACGAACGCUUCAUUCGGCCUAUGGGUCUGCGUUACAAGAAGGCCAACGUCACCCACCCGACUCUCAAUGUUACAGUCCAGCUCCCUAUUCUUGGUGUCAAGAAGAACCCGAGCAACCCUCUCAUCGAGGUCAAUGUUUCGGAUCUUGGUAUCGUCACAGCUUCGGGCAAGGUUGCUUGGGGCCGUUACGCGCAGAUCACAAACAACCCCGAGCUCUUCUGCCUCUGUGCGCGGGUUUACUCGGUUGCCGCCGUGAUGUGUCGCCUGGGAACGGCACUUGGCCUGGCAUUUUAUGCCCAGUCGGAACCGGGCUCCGGGAAAUCACCGUGGGAAACUCACGACCGUGGCGGACUGAUGCCAUCCCUGGACCGAGCCGCCUCUAUGAUACACUACGAACCCGCCUACGGUGCCAGCUUGUGGGACACUCCCUUGAGCCCGAUGGUUAGGGGGUGUCUCCGUUUGUCCAUGCAUCGAUCCAAACGUCCUGGGCCGACCAUGAGCUGA